AUCGCCCCUUUUCCUUUCUCUCUCCCGGCCAUGCGAGACUGAGCGCGAGAAGGAGCGAGGGCGCGCGCAAGAGAGAAAAAGAGAAGGACCUUUUGCCGAUCGCCGAGCUCAAAACCCCGUCAAAACCUUAGGCUCGCCGAUCCGACCUCGGUCCCGAUGGCUGAAGGAUUGGCAAAGGCGAAGAAGCCGGACGCCGCGGCGGCCUCGUCGCCGGGGAGGAUUGAGUUCCAUCCCGCAAGGAAGCCCUUCUCCUCCAUCACCCUCGCCGGGGGGGAUUUUCACCUCGAAACCCUAAAACCCAGCAUGGAUUCUCACUGGCAGGCGCCGAGCCCCGGCGGCCCUGCGGAGGCGUCGGGGAAGAAGAGAUCGGACUGCGGGGAGUUCUACGAGCAUGGAUUGGAUGCCGAGCUCCGCUUAACGAUCACCUUCCGGAAAAUCGGUGCUGGUUUGCAGAAUCUUGGAAACACUUGUUUUCUUAAUUCGGUUCUCCAAUGCUUGACAUACACUGAACCUUUUGCUGCUUAUUUGCAAAGCGGCAAACAUAAAUCUUCAUGCCAUACUACUGGAUUUUGUGCAAUGUGCGCUCUUCAGAAUCAUGUCAUGGUUGCUCUACAAUCAACUGGGAAGAUAUUGUCACCUUCUCAUAUUGUCAAGAACUUGCGAUGCAUAUCUCGGAAUUUUCGUAAUUACAGACAAGAAGAUGCACAUGAGUACAUGGUUAACUUGCUUGAGUCCAUGCACAAAUGCUGUUUGCCUUCUGGAGUCCCAAGUGAGUCUCGUAGUGCUUAUGAAAAAAGUUUGGUCCAUAAGAUAUUUGGGGGUCGUCUCAGGAGUCAGGUGAAAUGCAUGCAGUGUUCCUACUGUUCCAAUAAGUUUGAUCCCUUCUUAGAUUUGAGUCUGGAAAUAGUGAAGGCUGAUUCUUUAUGCAAGGCACUUGCACAUUUCACUGCAGUGGAGCAGUUAGAUGGAGGGGAGAGGCAGUACCAAUGCCAAAGGUGCAAAGAAAAAGUUAGAGCCCUGAAGCAGCUUACUAUUGAUAAGGCCCCAUAUGUCCUCACAAUUCAUCUUAAGCGUUUUGGUUCUCAUAUUCCUGGACAAAAGAUUAACAGACAAGUUGAGUUUGAGCCCACUCUAGACUUGAAACCGUUCAUCAGUGAUGCACAUGAAGGAAAUUUAAAAUAUACUCUUUAUGGUGUACUGGUACAUGUGGGUUGGAGUAUCCACUCUGGCCAUUAUUACUGUUAUGUUCGUACUUCAAGUGGCAUGUGGCAUUCGCUUGAUGAUAACCAGGUCAGCCAAGUCAGUGAGAAGACUGUAUUGGCACAGAAAGCCUACAUGUUAUUCUAUGUCCGUGAUAGAAGUUCUUCAAUCAGGAGAUCAGUCGAUGUGGCUCACAAAGAUAACCUUUCUGCUAAUGGCCCUGUAAAUAAACUAUUUUCUCAGUCUGCUGUAACCUCAAAUACUGCAGUUAAAAAUUGUGGAGUUGAAAGAAAAUUAAGCACUGCAGAGUGUAUCUCUGCUGAAAUUAAAUCUGAUGCUAAUCACCAAUCUGAUUUUGUGGGUGGCAUUUCAUCAGAUCACCCCUCACAGGAAGUAGUUUCUUCAGUGCAGAACUCACAAAAUAGUGGCCAAGUGAUGCCAAAAGAUGCUUCAAAUUUGCACAGAAAUGGUGGUGUUAUAUCUGAGGGACUGCAGUUGCCAGAUCCUAAAGAGCUGCCAUUUUAUAAAGAUCCGAAGAUGCCCAUUGUAACAUCCACUGAGGACCAGAAGUUGAAUGAAGACUUAGCACAGCAAGCUUUGCUAAAGGACAAUACUGUCACCACCACUAAUCAUGGAAGUGAUACCUCCUUUAUCCAUGGUGUCCAAUCAAAUGAUAGAUUUCAUCUUUCUAAUGGUUGUAGGGCAGGCAUGAAGUCAGAUAUCCUUACUGUGAAGCCGAGUGUCAAUGCCUUCCCCAAAACUACUGAGAAACAUACCAAGAAACUUCUCACAGAGAACAACAUGAUGGACAGCAAAAAUAAGCCUUUUAAUGUUCCCAACCAAUCAAGUCCCAUGAAACAGUCCAUUCAGAAGGAGGUGUUUAGCAAAAAACACGUGGGGCAGCAGGACACUGGCAGUGAGAAUGAGAAGUACUCAAGCAACAUUCCAUGCCAGAAUGAUGAGGAAAACCUUCUUAAGCUGAGUGAACCUAGGUUGGUCAAUCUUUCAACGCAACAAAGCACUUCAGAUGCUUAUGGUCGGAAGGAAGCUUUUGCGGAAACUGGCAGAGAACAUUCAGUUGGUCAGUUCUACCAAACAGACAGGAAGCUGAGGAAGCUUGCAAAAUGUUCAUCAAAGGGCAUGUAUUUUGGAUGCAAGCGACUAUUUUUCACUUCUUUAAGCCUGCAUAAAAGUAGAAAAGACAAGAGAAGCAGAAAACACCAGUUACGUUAUAGAAACGCAACAAAAAAUGGAGUCCUAGAUGAUCUUGGCACAAGUGAGCAAACAAUGUCAACAUCUCAGGCCAUUAAAGUUGGUAUGCAUUCCAAGCAUUCCCAUAGAAAACGCCCCCAUUCUAGUGCUAUCAAAGAUAAUUAUAGCCAGGGAGCAAAUGAUAAUAGUUACUGUAAUGGUGAUUCUGCGGAUGCUGAUGGACAAAUACAGGAGAGAAAUGAUAAAAAUAUUUCCAUGCUUGCUGCAUCAAAGCGAGUGAAAAGGUGUUUGAACUCUGCAGCAAAUCAAUGCAACUCGAGAGAAUAAGAUGCAAAUGACAAAGGGCCACGUCAGUAUGAAUUUAUGAGUCUGUUGAUGAGGGGUUUGAAAGAAACUACUGUUACACGGUGGGAUGACUUAGAAUUGCCGAAGUCUGAGGCACAGGGACCAAAAAAUUUAAGAAAUAACAGCAUUGGUUAUGUGCUGGAUAAAUGCUUGGCUAUGCGAAAACCAGAAUGUUUUAGGCAACAUGCAUAAAUUACGGAUUUUUAAGCCAUGAUUUUAUGGUCCCACUACAUUUUCUGGACCAUUCAAUUUACUCCAAAAAACCCACAACAAAUGGGUGUCACUAUGGAAAAUGGAUGUCAUCUGUAAGUAGUUCUCAAAAAUUGGAAGGAUCCAAAGAUUUAACACGAAUUCUUGCUCUAAUCUCAGACCCAAGUCUGUGACACAGUGGCUCAUUUUGCUGGAUAUAUUUGAUAAGGGGGGUUUGAAGUGAAUAUAGUGGAAGCAUAAUCUUUCCAUCACUGUUAAGAGUGAUAGGGAACAAGUAAAAUUGUAUGAGCAUCUUCAAUUAAAUCUGUCAAGGGCCUGAUAAUGAUACAGGCUUAGAUUUGCAUUGAAGGGUCAAGCAAGGAAAAGAGAAGAUAAUACGGAUAAAAGAUGCACGAGAGUUCAAAAAGCUGCAAAGGACAACAGAUGCAGUUUUCUGAAGGAAUGAAUGGCAAAGGGAGCAUGCAUAAAGUGAGCCACAAAUUAUUUUUAUUGGUUUGGUGGUUUUUACCAAUGAAUAUGCAGUUGCUGCAGAUGGUUUUGUUGGAUCAUUUAAGACAGCUUUCUUGGUAUUGUCUGAAUGCAAUUAGCUGUUACUACUUGAACAAACAGUGCGAACAAGAUAACUGGUGUUGCAUGGAUGUGGAUGCAAGAGUUGGGUUAGAGUGCAUUUGAGUGUCUGAUUUGGCAAGAGCGUCAAGAGAGGUAAAAGAGCGUGGAAAGUUUUUAUAAUAGUGUAGUACAUGAACUACUAAAAUUAUAUAUAUUAAUUCGAGAAAUUGCUUCUCUUGUUGUAAAGUGCCCGUUGGUAUUUAGUCAAUUCAUGUGACAAGAUGGUGCUCGAUUUCUACCUA